AUGUCCACCGUUGAAUCUCUCUCCAAUGCUAUACACGCGCUCUCGACCGAGGAUGUGACAGAACGUUCUGCGGCACUGAAGACAGACGCCAACAAGCUCUUCGGGGAGAAGAAGUAUGACGACGCCAUCAGGCUAUACUCUCAAGCGAUUGCAAUCGAUAAGGAUAAUGCACUCUUGUAUUGCAAUCGGUCUGCCUCAUACUUCGCCCUUCAUGCCUUUGGCAAGGCCUGCCAGGAUGCGGCCAAGGCAUCCGAACUUGACCCGUCAUACACCAAAGCCUACUACAGACUAGCUGCGUCCCAACAUGCGCUGCAACUCUACGGCAAAUCGGCCCGAUCUUGGAAACGGGCUAUCGACAGCAUAUCUUCGGACGAUGCCAACGGAGCAAACGCCAAACUUCGCGCCGACUACACGAAACACUACAAAAAGGCGCAACGCUUACAUGCUCGUCUAGAGCAGGCGUCGAAGCCGAUUACUGGCCAUCCAGACAAGUUGCAGAUCGUCGUAGAAGGCAGGAAAUUUCCCUGGGAUCGUGCUCAGGAGAUGAUACCGUAUCUCCUGCAGCGAGGCAUCACAACGAGUAGUGCUUAUGCUCUGGUCAGCGCUAGGCAGACCGUUUCACGGGUGAUCGCUCUCCUGGCGUUGGCCCGGGCUCAGGGUCCUAACAAGGGUAUAGGCGCGACUGGAGUAGUGUCACUUCUAUCAAACGCCAUACUUGCCGAGCCGCGCAGCCUCUUCCUCAGUUACAAAGACAUACUUCCUAAUCUGGAGUUUCAAAUGAAGAUGGAGCUUAACAUAGGCCGCACACCUAAGGAGUUAGUGGAGGUCAAAGCAUUCGGCAACGGCAUUCGCGCGUUACAUGCUGAAGGUGGUCACGAUCUAUCACGAAAGGCUUUUGCUUUAGGCGUACGUGCAGGAAUUAUUGACGCAUUCAUGAUGGGUAAAGCUGGGCGUGUAUUCGAUAAAGCAGUGGAACGGUACGACAAGGUUCUUACCAUUCUCGAAUGGGGUAAGAACGAGUGGCACGGAGUACCGGACGAGGAACGUGGCGUUGUUUUUAAUGAUACUUUUAUACGAGGGGUGAAGAUGUUGCGGUUGCAGGCUUAUCACCAAGCACUAGGCCAAUCCACAACAGACACCGGAAUUAUUAACCUGGAUGGCCUGGGGAAGGAUCUAAAUGAACUUACGAACGAGAUCGCUAGAGACGGCCUUCCUGCUGAAGAGGAUCCGGGAUUCCGCUAUUCCUUCUUUUACAAUAUUUUGGCGGAAGUUUUUGCGUUGAGAGGCUACUUCACCUAUAAUCACGUAGCGCUCCUCUCACCGAAGAGGCCGGAGGUUGUCGAUGCUUGUAAGAAAAACCUUAGGCUUGCGGCAGAGUGCUAUAGCAAUGCUGCGAAGACAUUGCCUGAAGACGAUGAGAAUCAUUGCUGGUACCUCAAGGUUGGUCUCGACCAGCUCUUCUCUGCCGGAGAGCCGCUACGCAUCACAUUGCCUAUCAUGGAGACUAUACGAACUAGAAUCCCAAUCUCAGAGGAGAUCUGGCGCUUUAGCGAGAGAGGUCUAGAUCCCGACAGCAGGGAGAGAGCUUACGAUGACCUCGCCACGUUCGAAAGCCAAGUGAAGGCGAUGCUCGCGACUGGGGCGUGCACCCUAGACCAGCACGUCGCACCUACAUGGGCGGAUCCGAAGAGGUAUUUCGGGGAUAUUCCUGUCUGA